AUGUUUUCUUUCAAGCCCUACCCCGCCUUGUUGGCGUUGGUGGUUGUGCUGGUCUAUGCCAGACCGGCUUUGGCGUUCGGUGCUGGCAAUAUUGCCUCUAUUUCCAAGGUUGAAGGCCAAAACUGGCGUCACGGCGAUAUCGAGGACACUCUCCUCACCCUUCUCUUGGCCCGUGCCGCCGGCGGCAAGAAGUUCGACAAGUUGGCCGUUUCACGCGUCUACUUUGGCAAUUGGCUCCGUGAUUAUUCCCAGGCAAUCGAUGUUGGAACCGUAAAGGCUGUUUCUGCUGAGGCUAUCCGACUCUUGCUUUGUAUUCUCGGCUUCCUAACAUUUGGUUAUGGUUCCAAAGAAUUCGAGGUUACUGCUGACCGCCUCGGCACUUACCGCCCAGAGGACCACAUUGAUAACCCCAAGGGCUACCCUGCUCCUGGCGUUGAUGCCCGCGAUUAUGACAGGCGACUUCGUGGCCCCGUCGAUGAGCGUGUUGAACUCGCCAUCGAUGAGCGAACUGGUCUUAAGAACUAUAUCGCUAAUGAAAACAUCAACAUCAUGACAACCGCGCUUCACAUCCGGAAACUAUUUGGUCGGUGCAUUGAGCUUGGCCGCUCAUACAACCGCAACAGAAACAAGGAUGACUUCUACGAAGCUCUGAGAUUGAUGGGCACCGGUUUACACGCUUGCGAAGAUUUCUUGGCCCAUAGCAACUACACUGAGCUGGCUCUCAUUGAGUUGGGCGAGCGCGACAUUUUCCCUCACGUUGGUCGUAGCACCAAGGUUCGAAUUGAAGGUGCCCGCGAGGAAGUUUACCCUUGUGUCACCGGUACUUUUGGUGGUGUGGACUUUCUGCACUCUGUGACUGGUGAAGUGUCUGACAAGUUAACCCAGAAUGAAAUCGACGAACUUGAGGGCACUCUUACGCAGAACUCCAAGAAUGAUACCAGCUACAUUGAGAACCUUUUGGACAAGAUCCCGGAUGGCCUUAUUGGCGGUUCGGGCGACAAGAAACAGAAGAUGCAUGAGAUCCAGGACAGUGCCAGCAGCUCUCAGCUGGAGAACACGUCAAUCUCCCCUCGCGACCCAGAGGAAUACACUCUUUACGUCCAGAACAUUUUCAAGCAGAUCAUGCCCGCGAUCGAGUUCCAUGAUGAGCUCUUGAAGAAUAUUAGCGAGGCUAUCGAGAAGAUCCCCGUCCUACCUAAGAUUGUUGAGCAGCUCGAGGAGCAAUUGUCCGUAUGGGUCUUCUCCAUUAUGGCACCUCUUGUCGUUCCGGUCCUUCAGCAGGUCAAGAACGAGCUGCGAACUGGCUCUGCCGAAAUUAUUGCUAGCAGCGAGAAUGAGCAGCACGUUGUUUUCAACGACGAUGAAUGCUCUGAUCCUACACACUCCAUGUUGUCCAAGGAUCAUUUCUCUAAUAUUCUGAACGAGGCUGCCGGCAAGACUGCCAGCAAGGUUGUUGCGUGGGUUGUUCCGCAGUUGAUGGAGGCUUGGGAUGAUGACAAUGUCGACAUUGACCGCACAAUGAACCGUAUUAUCAACGGUGUGAUGCAUCAUCCCGCUCAACGCGACAUGGGUGAGGAUGGUGCUAGGGAUUGCAGACAGAUCAUGAUUCGCUCCGUCGAAGAUUGGUGGAACCAGAAGGACGACGGUGAAAAGGACGAGUUCCGUGGGAAGCUUUCACGCCGAGGUGUUCAGAACGGGGAGAACCACAAGGAAGGUGUUCACGACACAGGUCACGGCUGUGGCAAGCCCCUCGGAAUGCACAAGAACUUCGCUGAGGGCGGUACUUUUGAGGAUCGCAUUGCCGGCGCAGCCGCUGAUGCCAUCGUUGGUGGUAUCACUGGUGGUCUAUCAGAUGUUGUUCAGUCCCAAACUGGCAUCUCGUUGCCAACCUCAGGAUCAGGCAGUUCUGGUCGCCGGCAAGAACAGUCAAGUGAGGGUGGUCUGGGUGGUUUCCUCAGCAACAUCGGAGGUUCCAUCCUCAGCGGUUUCAACAAGAAUGAAACAGAGUCCUAUGGCGAGAGCCGCCAUGACAACAAUUCCAACACUGAGACUCGUACAGAGUACGGACGCUCGGGUGACCGAUUUAGCCAAGCGGAGGCUUCAAGGACUGAAUACUCUGGCGGGGGUGAAUCUGAGACAUAUCGUCGCUACGAGCAAGAUGAGGACCGUCGAGGCAACACGAACACGUACGGCUUCGAAGAGCGUACUGAAACUCGCCCCAGCCGCCAAGGGGGAUAUGAGCAGCGUACCGAGCGUCGCUAUGAUGACAACGGAAAUACUUAUGAAGAGCGCUUCGAAAGUCACCAAGAGAGCUCAUUUGGUGGUGGCCGCGAAGAGCGUCAUGGCGGAGGUCGUCGUGACGAUGACUCCGGCGGUCGACGUGAUGAAGGGUUUGGCGGUGGCUAUGGUCGCCGCGAUGACGAUAGGCGAGAGGAAGGCUUCGGCGGUGGUCAUGGAGGUCGUCACGGCGGAGACAGAGGUGAUGAAGGAUUCGGCGGAGGUCGUCGAGAUGAUGACUUUGGCGGACGCCGGGAAGAUGGCGGCUUUGGUGGACGACGAGACAACGAUGAGCGUCGUGGAGAUGAUGACUUCGUUGGCGACGCCAUUGAUAUGGCUGGUCGCUUUAUGGGGGGUGGCGAGCGCCGACGAGAUGAUGAUGGCGAACGCCGUGGCGGUUGGGGCUCCUAG